ACUCAUGUGAAAAUUUUCUGAAUCCGCCACUGUAAGUAGCACCCACAUUUACCAGAAACUAGUUACAGAAGAAGAAGAAAACAUAUUUUAGUAGCCCUAAAAACGAGAGCAAACUUUCGAAUUUAUUCAUCGAUUAAAAUUAUGCUGGACAGAUUGCCACAAACCGUAACUUCCUAAGGGUGCCCUAAAUUCCUAAAUGGAUAAUGCCCGGCCAAUUCCUCUCCAUCGAUGUUCACAAUAACCAACACAUUCAUACAAAUACGAGUAACUUUCAAAAGCAUAUAUAAUUAGCUUAACAUAUGCUAUAAUUAAUGGCCGGUAGCUAGUCAACAUAUAUAUACACCACGCCCCCAAUAUAAUACAUUCAUUCAACAUGGACGACGGGACCCUGGCGGCGAUGGCGGCGGCGGGAGAAGAGCCGACGCCGUCGGCGACGGGUGUGAUACUGCUAACGGUGUCGUUCGGUGCCUCGGCCGGGAUCCUGGUGUGGCUGGCGGUGAGCGACGCCAAACACGACGGCGCCAGGGACCAGAGCAUGUUCUACAUCGAGCUCUUCGUCGUCUCCAUGCUCUGCGGUUACUGCGUUUUCUUCGCGUGCCAGUUCUGCCGCAAGCUGGUCCGCCGGCGUCGUCGGUGGGGUUUCCCCGGCGCCGGGAAAAUGAAGGUCGCCCCGGUGGUCUCUUCGCCGGCUGCUGGUCUUGAUCGUUUAGAUGCUCCGGCAGCGGUAUAAAAAUGUGAUUUAAUUAGAUAACCAUAUAUAUAAUAAUAAUGUUGUUAGAAUAUAACUUGAAUUUGAAU